AUGAGUUACUACGGCGAUGGGAACUCAGCUCCGCUCGAUGACAUCUUCGUCAAAGCAGCUGUCGAAGUGAAACGGUUCCUACCGUCCCUCUUCAAUAUCAAAGUGUUAGGAGAAAAAGGAUCUGGAUUCAGACCACGUGGUGCUGUUCAAGACUUCAACACACUCAGGCGAGAAUGUUUGAACACUGGCAGACUUUUCGAAGACCCCGAAUUUCCGGCGGAGGACUCAUCCCUGUUCUUUUCGAAGAGACCUGACAGAUAUGUAGAAUGGAAGAGGCCAAUGGAAAUCGCGGAUAAUCCCCAACUAUUUGUGGAGGGUUUCUCCAGGUUCGAUGUCCAGCAAGGUGAAUUAGGAGAUUGCUGGCUGCUCGCCGCUGUUGCGAAUCUUACCAUGGACCAGACUUUAUUUUUCCAAGUAGUGCCAGAAGACCAGAGCUUCGAGGAAAAUUACGCCGGUAUUUUCCACUUCAGGUUCUGGCAAUACGGUAGAUGGGUGGACGUAGUGAUCGAUGAUAGGUUACCGACAUACCAUGGUGAAUUAAUGUACCUGCGUUCGGCGGAGAGCAACGAGUUCUGGAGCGCCCUUCUGGAGAAAGCUUACGCGAAGCUCCAUGGCUCGUACGAGGCGUUAAAGGGCGGCACCACCUGCGAGGCGAUGGAAGACUUCACGGGUGGCGUCACGGAAAUGUACCAAAUGGACCAAACACCACCGAAUCUGUUCAGUAUUUUGAUAAAGGCUUUCGAGAGGAACUCGUUACUGGGUUGCUCGAUAGAGCCCGACCCAAACGUGUUGGAAGCGGAGACACCUCAAGGACUGAUCAGGGGCCAUGCAUACAGUAUUACGCGAGUGAAGUACGUGGAAAUUCAGACGCCGAAUCAGUAUGGAAAGAUACCGUUGCUUAGGCUUAGGAAUCCUUGGGGCAACGAGGCGGAAUGGAACGGUCCUUGGAGCGACCAAUCACCGGAAUGGAGAUUCAUCCCAGACCACGAGAAGGAAGAAUUAGGUUUGACCUUCGACAUGGACGGUGAAUUCUGGAUGUCGUUUCAAGACUUUUCGCGAUUCUUCACUCAAUUAGAGAUAUGUAACUUGAAUCCCGACUCGUUGACCGAGGACGAUUUAAACGCUGGCAAGAAGAAGUGGGAAAUGAGCGUGUUCGAAGGUGAAUGGGUGCGGGGCGUCACGGCUGGCGGUUGUAGAAACUUUUUAGAAACUUUCUGGCAUAACCCACAAUAUCGAAUCACGUUGGAAUAUCCCGAUGAAGAUGACGAUAAAUGUACGGUGAUCGUUGCGUUAAUGCAAAAGAAUAGACGAGCACAGAGACGAAUGGGCGCCGAGUGUCUCACUAUUGGUUUCGCGAUAUACCAUCUGGAGUAUCCUGAACGUCUGCCCAAACCGUUGGACAUGAACUUCUUCAAGUACAACGCAUCGGUGGCGCGGUCACCGGCAUUUAUAAACUUACGAGAAGUUACAUGUCGCUUUAAAUUGCCGCCUGGUGCUUAUUGUAUAGUCCCGAGCACAUUCGAUCCUAACGAGGAAGGUGAAUUCUUGCUACGAAUCUUUUCCGAGAAUAAAAACAACAUGGAGUAA